AUGGGAUCACAUUCUGCUAUCCCCCGGCUUUACCGCGUCCUGUUCACUUGGAUUGACGGCGCCAUCUCCCUCCUUAUCGCCUACAUCCACUUCUUCGACGUUGAAGGCGCAACUCGCGAACAUUUCCCGCAAUUACAAGACCUGCCAAUAUCUACAUUCAAGCCGUUUUUCUUUCCGAUUGGUGGCAGCAUGCUUUUCGCAUCUACCGUGCAGUUGAGCCUGCUCCGAUACACAGCGGACAUAAAGGUAUGGAAGAUCGUGCAGUUUGGCCUUAUCCUACAAGACAUCUCGAUGCUUCUAAGCAUGAUUGAGAUACUUCAGAGCCGGGAUCAGUUGACGUCAUUCGCGGAUGUAUCCAAGACGGGCGCGUUUUCCGGGCUCGUGAUGGCUGGUGGGCGCACACUUGCUUGGAACGACCCGGGAAGGCAAGAAAAGAACCAUAAGAUGUGCUUGCUAUUUAACGGGGCACACGUGGUUGGACCUUUUGUGAGCAUGGAUAUGAAGAAGGCAAAUACUUGA